GUCCUGCAAUGAAAGCUUCAAAGCAGCAGAAGCAGAAUCAGCUCCAACAAAGAGGAUGCAAGGCCUUGUGUUGCAGCUGCAGGUUCAGUGUUUCUUCUUCUGAAGAAGCAGAAAGCUCAGCCUCUGAUAGGUUCCCUUCUGUUUCAAGCCUUGCACACGCCAUGGUGCAAGAGAGACUUGACCAAAUGAUUAGAGAAAGGAUGGAAGCUAGUCAUGUAGAGAGAAGAAGACAGCAGAGCAGUGAAGGGACAAAGUUUGUCGUCAUGGUAGCAAUGGAGAAGAGCUCUUAUGAUCCAAGACUAGAUUUUAGAGAGUCCAUGAUGGAGAUGAUAACUGCCAACCGCCUUCAAGACGCCAAAGAUCUUCGUAGUCUAUUGAACUAUUAUAUCUCCAUGAACUCUAAUCAGUAUCAUAGUCUUAUACUUGAGGUUUUUCAUGAGGUUUGUACUAAUUUGUUCUUAUCAUGUAAAUGCCAUUGAUAACGAAUGCGAC